AUGGAAAGCGUGAUGGAGGCACAGAGCCCGUUGGCCGAGGAUGGCUUCAGUCAGGUCACCCGCAAAGGUGGCCGGCGGGCGAAGAAACGGCAGGCCGAGCAGCCGUCCACGCCAGAGGAGGGAGGUGACGCGACCUGCAUGGACACCAAGGAAGCCCGACCCGCUAAGAGGCCCGUCUUCCCGCCCCUCUCCGGGGACGGGUUCCUGACUUGUAAAGAAACUAAAGAUGUUAGCGCUCUGACAAAAGCAGCUGAUUUUGUGAAAGCCUUCAUUUUUGGCUUUCAGGUGGAGGAUGCACUUGCCCUUAUUAGACUGGAUGACCUCUUUCUAGAGUCCUUUGAAAUUACAGAUGUUAAACCUUUAAAGGGAGACCACCUGUCCAGGGCAAUAGGCAGAAUUGCUGGCAAAGGAGGAAAAACCAAAUUCACCAUCGAGAACGUGACCCGGACACGGAUAGUUUUAGCUGAUGUGAAAGUUCACAUCCUUGGCUCUUUUCAAAACAUCAAGAUGGCAAGAACUGCCAUUUGCAACCUCAUUCUGGGAAAUCCUCCAUCAAAGGUUUAUGGCAAUAUUCGAGCUGUGGCUAGCAGAGCGGCAGACCGAUUCUGAUUUCACAUCAAGGACUUUUAAUCUUUGACCUCUAUAGAGAAAAAGACUUUACUUCUACACGUGG